CUAGGAGACUCAACAGCCUUUUCUUAGCAGCUGUCACUAGAAGACUUCUGGGUUUUCCUCUGGAAGAGAGCCUCCCAUCUAAACCCGCUGUCCCUUCCAUCCCUCAUUGGCUGCUCUCUGCAAACUGCUCCGUUAAGCUUUUCCAUUGUGCUUUGCAGCCUGCAUAAGACCUUCACCUCCUUUGUAGUGGGGAGACUUACUUCAGGCUAUCUGAACCUCCGGCUGCGAUGGAGCUGUAUGGGAAGAUGGCCUCUGCACAAGAUGCCAGGUUUGGUCAGAAAGACUCUUCUGACCAGAACUUCGACUACAUGUUCAAGUUGCUGAUCAUUGGCAAUAGCAGCGUGGGCAAGACAUCUUUCCUGUUCCGCUACGCUGAUGACUCCUUUACAUCUGCAUUCGUCAGCACAGUUGGCAUCGAUUUCAAAGUAAAAACCGUAUUCAAAAAUGAGAAGAGAAUCAAGCUUCAGAUUUGGGACACAGCAGGCCAGGAAAGAUACAGGACCAUCACCACAGCCUAUUAUCGAGGGGCCAUGGGCUUCAUUUUAAUGUAUGACAUCACAAAUGAAGAAUCCUUCAAUGCUGUACAAGAUUGGUCAACUCAGAUCAAAACAUACUCUUGGGAUAAUGCCCAGGUUAUCCUGGCUGGAAACAAAUGUGACAUGGAAGAUGAACGGGUCGUCUCAACCGAGAGAGGCCAGCGCUUAGGAGAACAGCUUGGGUUUGAGUUUUUUGAAACCAGCGCCAAGGAUAACAUCAACGUGAAGCAAACCUUCGAGCGCCUCGUAGAUAUCAUCUGUGACAAAAUGUCUGAGAGCUUGGAGACCGACCCAGCCAUCACGGCCACAAAGCAAAGCACGAGGCUCAAGGAAACCCCUCCUCCACCGCAGCCCAACUGUGGCUGCUAAUGUCUCCCACACAGGAGCUCCAAAGGGCUCCAGAGCAGCCAAGAAAGAGCAUUGAUAAAUGGUCUAUUAGCCUUCAAUUAUACUGCCUAAUAAUUAUUUGAAGGAAGUCUUUGAUGUCAGUGGCCCAUAUAUGCAUUCAAACCGUGAGCAAUUUCCUGUGUUAAUAUGUGGCAAAUUUCUCUUAUAUUUGUAAGGAUCAUUCAUCUAUAAACACCUACUACUUGCAUGUAACUUAUUAUUUAUUUGUCUUUCAUAAUCUUUUUUGCAACUUUUUUCUCAAUUAAGCUAUUGUGGAAACCCCAGAGUACAAUUUUACUGCAAAUAACUUUAGUGCCACGGAUUCAAAUCAUGCUUCUCACUUGUAUGGAUGAUAACCUAGGGACCCUUUGUGUGUGUGUGUGUGUGUGUGUGUGUGUGUGUGUGUGUGUGUGUGUGUUAUGAACAAGAGGAGAUGUCAGGAAACUUAGUCUAAAAAGAAAGUAGGACUUUUGCUCUUGAUUGGAGACCCCAUCACAGGUCUGGGCAGUCUACUAUUAGGAAAUAUAUAUAUAUUACACUCUCAUUAAUAAUAUCUGAAGGGUGUGUUGAUUUUAAAAACACUGAAGGGUUGGUUGGGUGCAGGGUCACUGAGGAGGCUGAGGCAGGAGGAAAAUGAGUUAAAGCAACCUGACCUACAAACCAUAAAA